GAGAGAAUACUGCGGUUGAAAAUUUUGGUUACUCUUUUUAAGUCCGAUUCCACUUCCAAGGCCAAAAAUCUUUGAGCCUGAGAAAGCAGGCUUCCUACUUCUUGGUCUUCCAGGAGCUGGAGUCACUUCUUUGGUUGCACAUUCUACUCUCUUUUGCUGAGAGAUGAUCCAAAUGCUGAGGCUUUUCUACUUGUUCUUCAUCUCUUUUGCUCUAUUUGCAUCAGGUCAAGAAUCAUCAGUUGAGCUAUUAAAGCUCUAUGACCACUCAAUCCCGGUGAGUCGAGAGGCUUUAUCUCAGACAGCUGCUGUGGUGCCAAAUGAGCAACUCAGAGAGGUUUCCAGCAGCAUUCUCAUGGCUGAAAGUUGGACCAGGGCACAUGUUCUGGCUCACUACCCUCGCAUUAACAUUACCACCAUUGUUGUUGGUCACACUCUCCUCUGCGGGAAAGGCCUAGAGGAAUACUUGACUUUGAUUUUGCCAUCAUUAAAGAACAUCCACUACACUCUUACCAGGUGGGGUUUGCAUCAAGAAAUCAAAGUCUCUGCUUCUUUCUCUUCCAGCUGUAUGCACCCAAAUGCGGGAACAUUCAGGUCUGACAUAGCAGAAACACAUAUUAAACCCCUGCUAAGCUUCUUGCAGCACAUCAAUUCACCUUAUUUAGCGAACCCACCGUCACACUUUCCCACAUUGUCAGAUAAUGCCAACAUUUUGCUCGACUCCCACUUAGAGGCCAUGGAAAAUCUUGGCUUUUUCAACCUAAAGAAAGUCCAUGUUAUAGUCAAGGAGGCAAAAGAACCAAAGCCCACAGGCAGAAAGCUUACCUUCAUUCUUGAUAACACAAAGACUAUAGAACCAUUCCCAGCAAGACCAUCCCCAUUAGCCCCAGCCGUUGCCCCUGUGGGUUCCUCUGCCCCAUCACAUGCUGCCGAAAGCCCACUUCCUCCAUGGCCUGGAAAGGUUUCGCCUCCACCAUUGUCCUUCCCCGUUUCUCCUGAACUUCCUCCAGUGAUUAAUCCUGCCUACCCUCCUUAUGGUCUUCAUUUACCUCCCUGUAAUCCAUCUGGUGGUGGAGGUAGUGGUGCAGUGGCUGCACCAGUGGCAAGUGUGAGGAGGGGGCUUUGGUGUGUGGCAAAACCGAGUGUGCCACCAGAGACAUUGCAAGAUGCUCUAGACUAUGCUUGUGGUGAAGGAGGUGCUGAUUGUGAAGCCAUUAGGCCUCGUGGGAGUUGUUAUUAUCCUAAUACUGUUACGGCUCAUGCUUCUUAUGCUUUCAAUAGUUACUGGCAGAAAACCAAGAAGAAUGGUGGGACUUGUGGAUUUGGAGGAACAGCUAUGCUUAUCGACUCUGACCCGAGCUAUCGCCAUUGCCGAUUCAUUCUUGCCCAGUGAGAUCUGUAGAAGUUGGGGAAGCACACUGCUUGGGUUCAGUGAGUUUUGUUCCAUGUAGAUUUCGGAUCAAGGUAAUCGUUAUGUUGUAGUCUUUUUCUAGUACUGAAAAAUGUGGGUUGUGGAAAUUUUGCUUACCUCUUUCUUGUCAUGUGGGGGCACCCAAGGCGAAAGCAAGGCUCUUUAUUACCUUUUAUGUAGGCUUGAUCGUAUGCUAGCCUUGUAGUAAUUAAGAAAUAUUCCUUGCUUUACCGCCUUUUUGUAUUCCGUUAAGAAUCCUAAAUGCCCUAUUUCUAAUCUGAGUUAUACACGAAAUUCACUUAUGUGCA